CAAAUCCAUUCACUCAUUCAAAGCACGCGCAAUUGCAGUGAGUGGGUGCAGAGUUCUUGUGAAAUUAUAUUCGAUUUCGUCAUGAUCUGGGUAAUGCAAUUUCAUCAUUAAUUACGUAGUUGCUUUAUAGAAAUUUUAUAGAUCAGAGAGCAAAUUAAUUACACCCCUAUUUUAAUAAUCUGGAGCUAAAAGCCAGAUACCCAGCUGUGUUUUUUUGCCUUUCUUUCCCCCCUUCGAUCUUCACUAGGAGGAGAGAGCGUUGUUUAUUUCGUCUAGGGUUCUUCCUCUCUUUCUCUCUCUGAAAAUAUUUAUAUUUUAAGGAAUCGCCAUUAACGACGAAAGAGAAGAGGUGAAGAACUCACUAGUAUCUAAGACUCUGUGAGCUCUGCAUCGUAAGAUCCUGAUUUUAUUUCUUUUCGGGAUCAUUAAUGGCGGAACUGCUUUGCUCCUUCAAUAAGGACUCUCUUACAAUCAAACCUCUAAAAAAGUCUUCAUUGGUGUUGAGAUUGAUGCUAUCAGCAAUUGCAAUGGUGUGUGGUAUUUAUAUAUGUUCUAUAUGUUUAAAGCAAAUGAACCUGCAAAACAAGAGCAAGUUUUUAUUGUUUGAGGACUUCAAGAGGCCCUGUUACGACACCAUUAUCGAUCGUUCUCAAAUCCCUUAUUUGCAUUACCCAAAACCAAAAACUUUCAACAGGUCUGAAUGUGCUGGAAAUCCCGUUCGUUUGUUUGCAAUUGUAUCUAUGCAAAGAUCGGGAAGCGGAUGGUUUGAGACUUUUUUGAAUAGUCAUUUAAACAUAAGCUCGAAUGGUGAGAUUUUCGGGCCAAAGUUUAGGAGGAAUAAUGUUUCGUCCGUUAUUCAAACGUUGGAUAGAGUUUACAAUUUGGAUUGGUUUACUAGUUCUUCCAAGAAUGAGUGUUCGGCUGCAAUUGGUUUCAAAUGGAUGCUUAAUCAGGGAUUGAUGCAAUAUCCUAAAGAGAUUGAACAAUACUUCAAUGAUAGGGGUGUUAAUGUAAUUUUCCUCUUACGAAGAAAUGUGUUGCGUAGAUUGGUUUCGAUGCUAGCAAAUUCCUUCGAUAAAGAUGCUAAGCUUCUAAACGGAGUCCAUGUUUCUCAUGUACACUCACCCGAGGAGGCUGAUUUACUUUCAAAAUACAAGCCUGAACUCAACAUAACAUCGUUGAAAUCGGAUUUAAGAGGGAUGGAAUCGACAGCCGAGAAGGCACUCAACUACUUCAAUAGCACUAGACACAUCAUAAUAUACUACGAAGAUCUCAUGAAAGAUCCCUCUAAACUAAUAGAAGUCGAAGAUUUUCUAAAGCUGCCACGAAUGAAUUUGACCAGCCAGCAGGUCAAGAUACACAAAGGAUCUUUAUCAGAACACAUCAAGAACUGGGAAGAAGUCAACAAGACUCUCACUGGUACAACUUAUGAGAAAUUUCUUCAAGCUGAUUAUUAGAAUGAACCCAUAUGUAAAUAACCUCUGUUACAACUAAUCAAAAACCCAUAGAAAACCGAGAUACCAAAAAUGGCGGGUUUUUUUUUCCUCUUCGUAUAGUCUUGUUUCUUUCGAGAUUUCCAUUAGGUUAUACGUUUCUUGAUGAAUUUAGGGGUGUUUUAGGGUUUUUGUUUAGGAAGAUUUUGAGAAAGUUUUAGUAGGGUAGGAAAAUUUUAGGGGUUAGAAUUUAGAUCUUUGAGAUAUAGAGAUACAUGUAUCAAAGUCUAUUUGACAAUGAACAUCUUAGUUCUAUUUGGGUUUUAAAGAUUAUCUUGUUAUAAUCUUUUGAAGUUUAUGCACUUAAACUUCA